UGGCAGUCAUGAAAUUUUGGCUGAAUCUAUUUGCCAUAGUGGCAUUGGGUCGCUUGACCCUAGCAUUGGGUCCCAAUAUGAUAUGCUAUUACGAUGCUUCCAGUGAAGAGAGACAGGGUGCGGCUAAAUUUGCUCUGCCCGACAUUGAGACGGCCAUACAAUUCUGUACACACUUCGUUUAUGGUUAUGCCGGUAUAAAUCCCGAAACAUUUGAGCUGAUGAGUUUGAAUACCCAACGUGAUUUACAGAGGCGUCAUUUUGCCACAGUGACCUCCUUGAAAGAUCGUUAUCCCAAUACGAAAUUCCUUCUAAGUGUUGGUGGUGAUAAGGAUUUACAAAAUCCUGAAAAAUAUGUUAACCUCUUGGAAGCUGGCCGUGAGAAACAAAAUAAAUUUAUUGAAUCGGCCCGUGAGGUGUUGCGUAGCUAUAAUUUCGAUGGUUUAGAUUUGGCAUUCCAAUUGCCACGCAAUAAACCACGUAAAGUCCACUCGGAUGUCGGACAGGCAUGGAAGUCGUUUAAGAAACUUUUCACUGGAGAUUAUGUGGUCGAUGAGAAGGCUGCCGAUCACAAGGAACAAUUUACGGAUUUGGUUAAGGAUUUGAAGGCCGCAUUUACCCCUUACAAUAUGAUGUUGUCGUUGACAGUGUUGCCAAAUGUUAAUUCGUCAUGGUACUUCAAUGCCCCUGCCAUUAUUGAUAGUCUGGAUUUUGUUACCUUGAGUGCUUUUGAUUUUACCACCCCCGAACGUAAUCCCGAAGAGGCUGAUUACACCGCUCCCACCUAUGCUCCAGUGCAGCUAGGCAAUCGUCUGCCCCAUUACAAUGUUGACUACCAGGUUGAACAUUGGCUUGCCCAGAAGGUACCGGCAAAUAAAAUCAAUGUUGGUGUUGCCACAUAUGGUAGAGCAUGGAAAAUGACCGAGGAUUCAAAUGCUGAUGGUGUACCAAUUGUUGCCAAAACUGAUGGUGCAGCUCCCGCUGGACCAGAAAGUAAAACCCCUGGCCUCUUGACAUGGUCGGAAAUCUGCAUGAAAUUAGCCAAUCCCAUUAAUAUGGGCAAGACCGGUGCUGAUGCCCCACUGCGACGUGUAAUGGAUCCGACCAAGCGUUUUGGUGUCUAUGCCUUCCGUGCUGCCGACUCUAAUGGUGAACAUGGCAUGUGGGUGAGCUAUGAUGAUCCCGGAACUGCUGCCGAUAAGGCUAUUUAUGUCAAGAAUCGUGGUCUGGGUGGUAUUGGUUUGUUUGACCUAUCUAUGGAUGAUUUCCGUGGCACCUGUACCGGUGAUAAAUUUCCCAUGUUAAGAUCCAUGAAAUAUCGUUUAAUGUGA